AUGCCUUGGCUUUGAUUUCCUUCAGGCAAAAAGAAGAAGUCUUCUGAUUUAAUAGCAACUACAGUCAGGAACUCUGCCCUCAAAAGGAUGAAAUCUGCUCGUAAAAGAGCAGGGGUUCACACGAUAUCAUCGAGAGUGCUUCUCAAUAACAGUCACUCAACUAGUGAGAGUGUUCAAGCAAUGGCUGCUCAUAAUAGAGGAAAUUCUAAACUUAUUUUGCAAAAAUUACUUUCUCAGGAUCAAAAGGUAAAAUUAAAACCUUCUGCUAGAAGAAGUACUCGAAAAGAUCUCAAUAACACAUUUGAUCAUAGCAAAAGGGGCUCUUUUCAGGAAGAAUAUGAUCUAAAUUCUUCACUUCCCUCUCGGGUCUCUUUCAAUCAAAUGUUCCUGAAUAAGGAAUCUAAAAGUGGGAUCACACUUGCUCAAAGAAGAACGCGCAUUCAAGAUCUCAAUGUGAACCCGAAGAUAAGGAAAAGCCUUGAGAGGCAUGAAAUCAAGAAAUGGAUGACUUCAAUGCACAGAUCCUUUCACCAGGAAGGAGACAAGAAAGAGGAGGACAGCCUAAUACGAAUCAUGGACAAUGGCCAGACUUUCACUGAUGGUCAGAACUUUGAAUAUGAUGAUACUCCUUUCCUCACUAUUCCUGGCUUUGCAUUAGCUACUAAUAAGCCUUCCUCCCGAAAUGUGAUAAUUGAGGGUUCUGAAAAUGGAUAUUCAAGCCCAGAUUCAUUCACAUUCAGAAGAACAAGUGGGGCUCGGAAUUAUCUUCCAGUUAUGAAAGAUCAGGAAAUCCAAUGAGAACUUCUAAAACCGCCCGUUUCUGAGCUCUCGAGUGAAAGCGCCAGUGAAUAUUCUUUUGUUGAGCAUAAAGUUACUGUUAACGAGCAUAACUCUCCUAAACGAAAAUUUGAGGUAAAUCUUUCAACUAGAAAUGUAAAAAUGUAUAAGAAUCAAUACUCUAUUCCCAAAAGAAUUGACCAGGAGCCUUCAGAAGUUGACCUUGAUGGCUAUCUUCUUGGAAGUGAAAAUGAUAGGGAAGAUUUAUUAAGUACCUCCAGGAACCAAGAGGAUGGGAAAUCUAGCUCAACUCCUAAAGUUAAUAAGCUCGGUAAAACUUCUCCUAAAAGGAAAACCUUCCUACUUCAGCCAAAAAUUGUCUCAGACCAACUUCUUGACCCAAUGAGGUUGAAAUCUGGAACUUUUGAUAAUAGAGUGAAGCCUAAGAAGAUAGGAACUUUCAAAACUAAUCUAGGAAGCUCACUGAAAAAGAGUAACUACACCAUUGGAGAUAGCAGUUUUGAAAAGACCGUCACAGAUGGUGUCAGUCAACUUUCGAUUGCGAGUAAAUUUAUCUCUCCAGUUUUAAAGAAUAAACUAAAAUAAGAAAUCUGCGAAUAAUAAUGAAUCCGAAAUAUCAGAGAAUCUUCCUCCUUCAAUUACUCAGCUGUCAAAUGAACAACAUUUAAUGGAGGAGAUCAAGGAGCUUCAGACCAGGGAGAACUUUGAAUCGAACAACACUGAAUUCAUGAAGAAAAGAUUCUCUGUUCCCCAAAAAAGACAAUCUUUUGGGAGGCAAAUAUCCUUCAAAGAUAAGAAUAAGUUCAUAUACAAACCAAAUAAUUUCGGAAUACAAAAGACAAAACCACGAGGACUAGCUACUGUCUUUGGUAACCUCAAGCGAUGGUCUAAAGGUGAACGCCUCGGCUGUGGAGCCUAUGGAGACGUAGUCAAAGCGAUCGAUCGAACCGAUGGCAGUAUUUUCGCUGUCAAAAAGAUGCUCAUUCAAAAAUAAUCAAAAUGAGUUCAACAAAGAUGCAAUUGAAGCACUCAAAUCUGAGAUCAAAAUUCUGAAAGAUUAUGAACAUGAGUUCAUAAUCAAAUAUAUCGGAUCCGAGAUGAUAAGAUCAGAUACCUUCUAUAUCUACCUUGAAUUCGCCACUGAAGGUAGCCUUGUCGAUAUGUACAAGGAGUUUGGUCCUUUUGACGAGAAUUUAGUCAGAAAAUAUUGCACUGAAAUCCUCCAAGGCCUUGCUUUCCUACAUGGUAAGAAUAUUGUACAUCAGGAUUUGAAAUGUGCGAAUAUCUUAAUCAAGAAUGGCCAUGUGAAGAUAUCAGAUUUUGGAUGAGCUAAGAUCAUUCAAAAAUAGCAUGACAUGCACUAAUUUAUACAAUUCACUCAAAGGAACUAUCCCAUGGAUGGCUCCAGAAGUGGUCAGACAGAAAAUGUCUGACUGAAAAGCAGACGUAUGGUCUCUUGGUUGAACCAUUAUUGAAAUGGCAACCUGAUCUAAUCCUUGGGGAGAGGAGAACAUUGGCAAUAAUAUUGAAGACUUAUACAAACUUUGUGACCGUUUCGAUCAUCCUCCAAUUCCAAAGUUCUUUUCUACAAACCUCAAGGAUUUCCUGGAAAUGUGCUUUGUAAUUGAGCCGAAGAAGAGACCUUCUUCAGCACAACUCCUCACUCACGAUUUCUUACGAGGAGAGUAAUGACUCAUCAGGAAUUAUCCUAUAAUAACUUCAAUUUU